GGCCAAGUCUCCGGUGUGUGUAUAUAUAGGUAAACAGCAGGGGACAUCCCAAACUCCUGCACCUGCCUAUAUACACACACAUACACGGUCGUUACGUCAGAGCAUCAGGGCGCCAGCUGAUGCGUCUCUCUCGCGCGCACGCACACGUAUACAUAUAGGUAUACAGGAGACACGGUUGCUCGCACCUUCGCAGGACCCUCCGCGCGUCAGUCUCUCUACUGUCCUUACAGUCUCUAUACGCGUCCUGUUCUAGUCGCGGUCCGACGACUCAAAGUCAAGUUUAUCGCUGGAAUAACGCUGGAAGGACACCUCUGAGGCUCUUGACCAGUGAAAGAAGAAGAUCUGGAAGAGGGCGAGAAUCGUCUCAAAGGAAUCUACCGCGCGCUGACGUAACUGGUUAUUCAAGUUUGCCCUGCGGCGCUGUGUAUAUAUACAGGUAUAUCUUAGAUUCGGCGACGUGCCCCACCUCCGAGAGCGCGUUUUGUACAAAUCAGAGCACAACAACAAACGAGCCAGCUCCCCUCGCAUCGCUAUCAAUUCGUGCGUCUUCUCCAGCGAUAUCAGCGCGUGUGUGCCAGACGCGCUUGCGCAAGUGGGAGUAUAGCACGAGUUCGCCGAUAUAUAAUAAUUGAGCGCUCUCUGAGCUCUGCGUGCACAACGCGCGCAUCCUGCAAGUCACAGUCGCGGUGCAGGGGCAGCAGCAGCAGCGGCCGAACGCGGUCAUUUUCCGAGCAGCCUGCAGCACAGUAGUCGUGCUCUAGUCGGCGCACGCGGGCACACACACUCUCUCUCUCUCUCUCUCUCUCUCUCACUAGCAGACAUCAGCGCCGACUUUGACCUUCCACUCCCCACCACGAGCAUCGGACACACAGAGCAUUUCGGCUGAUUCGCGGUAUACAAUGCUUCGGAUAAGUUCCCGAGUGUUGUAGGCCCGACGACGUUCGACAGAGAGCAGCGAACCUGCGGCCGCGUACAGUUGAUCGAGCGGCACCGACGAAUUAUACUUACACACUGCUGACCGACGCUCCAGCCCAACGAAUUCAAAAUGACGUCGCUGCUUCAUACUUUAACUCACAUUGUGAUAUUAUCAGCGUAUUUUUUCACCGUAUACUGCACAUUUUUCGUGCUGGACAUACCUGUGUUACAUGAGAGAUUCAAGAAAUUCGACGUCGGACAACUCAAAUACCUCACAGUGUGGAAUGUGAUUGCACAAACGUUUUUCUUCCUAAUAUGCCUGCUCAACGAUAUCUUCGGCACGAACAGUGUCAGCCCGAAAAAGAGGCCAUUCAUACGGAGAUUCAAGGACUUCUAUCACGCGGCGGUCGGGUUUCCAGUGUCUAUGUUCGUAGGAGUGACGUUUUGGGGACUGAUGGCCGUGGAUCGCGAGCUCGUACUACCCAAGGCACUGGAUCCCUACUUCCCGUGGUGGCUCAAUCAUCUAAUGCACACUAUGAUAAUGGUCACAACUGUACUGGAAAUGAUCAUGGCGCCGCGGCAAUAUCCUAAAAGGUCCCAAGGAAUGGGAGGCCUUUUAGGAUUUAUGUUAAUUUAUUUGGCCUGGAUGCACUUUGUAUAUUACAAAAGUGGAGUUUGGGCUUACCCAGUCAUCGAAGUUUUAUCCGUUCCGUUAAGAGUUGUCUUCUAUUUAAUAUUGUUUGUGUUCUCAUCGGGACUAUACUUCGCUGGCGAGGCAUUGGAUCGACUAAUUUGGGGAAGUACUGUCAAAACUGUGGAUAAGGGCAGUAAGAAGAAAAAAUAAUAAUUGUAAACAUUUUUGCAUAAUGAAUACUUUCCUGAUAUGCAUUUAUUAAGAUUUCCUAUCUUUUAAUGAGUGAAAAAAUUGGGUGUUUUGCUAUGGCGAUUUUGUCUGUAAUUUUAUCUUAAGAUACACGAUACACACACAAACAUGAAAUUUAAUAUAUGUGGAUGCACUUAAUUUGCUAACUAAAGCUGUUUAAGUAUAGAUUUAUCGUUCAAAUUCAAAUUCACUAUAUUAAAUUGAGGUCGAGGUGUAUGUAUAUGUAUAUUCUCAUAGAAUACACAUUUUACUUCUUUAACGAUUUAUACACUUUUUUAAUGAAUUGUGUAGCUGAAUAGUGUAAAAAUGUUAGUAUUGUAUAGAUACUAUGUACUAAUAUAUUAUUUAUUUUCGUAGCAAAGGCUAAACAUUUUUCUAAUAAAAUUGUAUAACACUGCUAA